UCAAGGUUUAUUAAGGUGCCUAAAGUUCUGUACCUCAGCAUUUUAGCUCACACUUGAGACCAGUCUCUAUACAAUAAAUUUGCUGGAGAAUGGAUUCCUACAGAGCAGUCAUCACGUUUAUUAUUUUAAUCUCCUUCCAUAUGGGACAGACACUGCGCUGUGCAUGCAAAGAAGAUUUAAGAACUUGCACAAGUAUUUAUGAUAUGCAAGCCAACUUCAAAACAGCCCAACAGACCUGCAUGAAAAAUGGAGGGAAAUUACUAACCACAUCGAGUAAAAGUAUCGACAGUUUGCUUUUCAACAAAACGGGACGUUUUUGGAUUGGCACAGACGGUGAUUGUUUAAGCAGAAGCAGACAUUCCGGAGGUGAUUCUGUGACACUGAACAGCGGAAGGAAAGAUGUGGCAUGUUCCUCAAAGUGCAUGAUGGUUUCUAGCAACAGGAAUUUGAUCGAGCGCUCGUGCGAGGAACAGGCUGAUGGCUUUUUGUGUGAUGACAUUCAGUGGGAAAACUGCUGGGAGAAUAGAGCGUCCGAAGUACAAAUUCUGAAUAAUGAUGACUGCCUAUUUGCUCCCUGUGAACACCAGUGCUUGGAGGUUCCUGGAGGCCACAUGUGUUACUGUUAUUUAAAUUUCAGACUAAGCAAGAAACAUCCUGAACGUUGUGAGUUGUACUGCGACUCUCACACCUGCCCACUGGCAAAAGGCAUGUAUCAGUGUCCUGAAGGCUUCGUCAAAGACGAGACACAAUGCGUAGAUGUUGACGAGUGCACGUCGAAUCACAACUGUGAACAAGAAUGCAUGAACACAUUUGGAAGUUACAAGUGCUUUUGUAAUGAUGGGUUCAAGCUGGUAAACAAAUCAAAAUGUGUUCCUCUUAUGAAUAAUACUCCAAUAUCUGGCACGCUUGUUACACCUUCUGUAAAUUACACGUCAAGUCAUGCAGCUUUUGAGACUCCAGUGGAGUAUAUUGGUCUAACACUCUUUGUCAUCCUGGUCAUAUCUGCUCUGGUAGGACUUCUGUAUUAUUUGAGAAAAAACAAAUCUGAUUUACUUCUAAAAGACACAGAUGCUCCAGAAGACAUUACAGUUCAAGAAACACAGUUACAGCUGUAAAACUUCUUCUUGUCUUCAAGUCCAGAAGUAAUUUCUGUGACAUUAUUUGAUUUUUAGUUAAUUUAAGUCAUGUGUUGAAGUAAUAUUAUUAAUCUGGUCAUAUUUGUGUAAACAGUUAUUGCUAAAAAAUGAUGGUAAGAUUAAAGCUAUUUAUGUACUUAUUUAUAUACCAGAUAUCUGUAUGUAUGAAUGAUUCUGCAGUGCUAACAAAAAUGUGUGGAAAUAUUUCAGUCAUCAUGAAGGGACAAAUGAUGGACAGUGUUCUAUACCAAAGUACCCAGAUAUAAUAUUUGUGUAACAGUAAAAGAUAUUUUAUUGAGAAAUGAUGCCAAAGUGACCCAUGCUUUAAUGAUGGCAAUGAUGCCAAUGUUAUAACACCAAUAAUGUGUUUUUAUAUCAGCAGAACUGUAAACAAUAAAGACACACAUUGUAUGAA